GCGUUCCGGGUACUAAUCUAUCUAAUAUAGUGGAAAAUCGCUAAACAGCGAUUGCUGUUACAAUAAAAUCAUGGAAAUGGCCAAUGACUGUGGAGGGAAAACAGAAGUGUCAACACACACAGGUAAUGGUAUAUAUUGCACAUCUAUCACGUGUUCUAUAUCCACCAUCAGCAGGAGUAAAGUAGUUCAUCCCAGGUCACUGAUAGCUUACUACAAAUUGAAUUGUAAAUUCAGUAGCACAAAAUGUCUGCAAACGGCUCAACUACAGUCACCGUUAAAAUAGAAGAGAGGGAGGAUAGUGGUGUCUAUGGCAUGAAUUCAUCAUGUGACUUAUCUACGUCAUUUAACUCUUCGGAACACCGAUCCCGAGUCCCUGAUGAAAUUCGACUGCGCAUCAACAGUCGUGAGAGACAGCGCAUGCACGAAUUGAACGACGCUUUGGAGGCAUUAAGGAGUGUGUUACCCCAAUCUCAGGGAUCGUCCCUAAAGAAACUCUCCAAACAGUCUACCCUUGUACAUGCGCGGGAACACAUCCUAUCUCUAUCACGGUCUGUUGAGGAGAUGAAAUGUUUGGUACGUUCAUUGUCUAGGAACAAAGUUCAUGGCGUGGAUACUUUGGAGAGGAGUAGUUUGAACAGUGUUCACUAUCCCAGUGCUUUUUCUCCUGCCGGACAAAGAUACAGUCCGUACACCUCAACUCCGAUAAAGUCCAAUAAGCUACGGGAAUUUCGCCCACCAGUUCCAAACGGUUUGUCCCCAUACUUGAGAGUAACAGACCACCGGCUAAUUGAAAGUGAAAUGAGCCUCAGAUCAAAAUACAACGCCAGUGAUUCUGCAAAUUUAUCAGACAGUUUAUGUUUCUCUUUGCCGCAUGAUGACACUACCAGCUACCAGUUCACGUCAGCGCCAUCGGACACUGACAGGAGAAAUCUCCCAGAAUUCCAUACUCCCUCAAAGUACCAGAAUUCCACAUCAACAAAACCCGUUCUGAAGUUUUCCGUAGAUUCGUUACUUGGACUUUCUAAUAAAUGUGAUGGUGAUUCUCCAGUGAAAAGUGUUGACAUUAUGUGUUAGUCAUUGCCGAGAACAUGGAACUUCAACAAGUGCUUUUUAUCAUGUGAUUGAUUUUGUAAAUACUGUAAAUAAAUAUUAUCUAAA